GGUGGAAGGUCGUGCUUUAUGGCGGAGGUCUUUGGUUGUCGGGCCUGGCUGGUCAUAGAGCAUUUAUGCGUCAGAGACGAACUAAUUUGUUGGAAGACAACGAUGUGCGUGUUGCUCUCCAGCCGUUCCUCUUCGCUGAAAGAGACAGACUAUGGCUGAAGCUGAUGCGUAGAAAUCGCGAUAUUGAGAAUGAGGUGAUGAAGGAUGUGCCUGGCUGGAAGACAGGAACGUGGUACGGAGAACCGGUUUAUUUCACCUUGCCGAAGGACAAAUGGUGGGACCCUGAGAUACCUGAACCAUACGUUCACCUGCGUUGGCGCGAUAUUCAGAAGCACUUAAACUUUCGUGAACACGAUGAAUAUGCCGGUCCUCACUGGUGGGACAAAUACAUGCCGGACAUCGUCAAUGACUGGAUUAGAUGAUC